AGGGCGAGCCUCCGCGGCGCCCGACCAAUCACGGCCGCGGAACAGGACCCGUGCCUCCCGAGUUGUGCAGCGCCGUGGUCACGUGACGCGAGGGGAGCAGGAAUGCCAACAUGGUCCCGUGGCAAGGACGGGAUGUGAGCGCGCCGCGACAAUAACACGACGGCGGCGAGCGAAAACCCCCCGAAGACGGUGAGCCGUUGACGGCGCCGCGUUCCUCCGUCGAGUCGCCGCCCGUUAACGGCAAGACCCCUUACCCCCACCCCACCCCCCCUCCGUUUGCGGACAGUUUCCCUCCCCGACGGCGGAUCAAUGGUGUCUCUCAGCAGCAGAACGCUCAGCGUGGAGACGGAGCUGUUCAGGGAUGGCGGUGCCCUCUUCCCCCUCUGCCUGGGGGACGGACCCCACAGCAAAAGUGGCGUCCUGGCCUCCUACAGCCUCCUGGAGGCUCCGGAGGAGGGGGCUACCCUCAGCUCCAGUCUCGGAGAAGAAGAAGACGAUGAGGAGGAGGACGAGGAUGAGGAUCUCUUCCUCAGCGCAGCGGGGGACGGAAACUAUCCAGACCCUAAGCUGCCCGAGUUUGCCUUCCCCCCCUCGUCUCCGUUUUCUCCCACCUUGGAAGAGAUCGAGGAGUUCCUCCGGGAAAAGAUGGAGCCCAUGAAGGAGGAGGAGCUGCUGACCCUGAAAGCCGAAGCAUCCCCGGAGUCGUGCAGCUUGGAAGGGUCCCCGUCUUCCUCGGGGCCUCCAGCUGCUUCCAAAGAGGCCGAGGGGUUGCCAGGGAUCAAACAGGAGAACAGUCCUGGUCGAGUUCAGCCCUCCCCGCCCGCCAACCCUAACCUCUCUCCGCCCACCUUGACCCCACCCGUACUGCUGGGGUCCCCACUGGUUCUGCAGCUGCAGCCUGUGCCCGUGGCCCCCCCGCAGGCUCCUGCAGGAUCUCCUCCAGGGGCCCAAAGUGGGAUCUGGCUCACCCAUCUAGUGAUGGGGCUUCAGGGUAACGCCGCGCAAAAUCUCACCUUGCUGGCCCCCCAGGUGUCCUCCACCCAAACCACCACCUUGGUGUCACUCACCAACGGCGACAGCAAGUCCGGUGACCAGAAGUACGUGAAGAUCGCCCCCCUGCCCAUCAGCACCAGGACUGUGGAGAUCACAGCUGUAACGGGAGUGGAGGGUCAGACUCUGCUGAAGGCUGUGGCCCCACGGGUGAACAAGGUGCUCCCCACAGAGAGGGUCCACAAGUGCUCCCACCCAGGCUGUGGGAAGAUGUACACCAAAAGCAGCCACCUGAAGGCACACUUCCGGCGCCACACGGGGGAGAAGCCCUACACCUGCAGCUGGCCAGAGUGCGGCUGGAGGUUCUCCCGAUCCGAUGAGCUGUCUCGCCAUCGCCGCUCUCAUUCGGGCAUCAAGCCAUACGAGUGUUCUCUGUGUGAGAAGAAGUUCGCCCGCAGCGACCAUCUAUCCAAACACACGAAGGUCCACCGCAGCUCCAGGUCCAGCAGGAUUAUCCGGGCCACAGUGUGACACUUGGCGCCGGCCCGAACCGAGCCCAGACUGAACCUGGACCCGCCCAGCGGGCUCUGACUCAGGACGCUGGGUGGCUUGAGCCUCAGGGGGAGGGACCCUCAGAAGUUCCGGUGCUUAACAAGCAGAACUUUCUGGAAGAUUCCAGCGAGCUGGAUGACGUUUCGGCGCCUGCGGUUCCCUUCCGUUCUCUUCCACCAAGUUUGAGCUAAAACUGCGCCGGAAUCGGACUUCCACGAUCCUCAGUGAACUCCGAGAUUCUUCUCUUCGUCGUUGCUCUUCCUCACAGAUCAGGGUUUUACGCGAAAUGUCCGAACUCUGCAGCCUCCAUCCAUGAAGCCCGUCUGCAGCCUCCCCUGCGGGAGAAGAGAAUUUGUCAAAAGCUGAUGCGUAAAACUUUGGCCUUGUUUUUACGAUAAUCCAAAAACAAAAAAAAAACAAUCCUUAAUCGGACCUGUAUGCCUUUUCUUCAUUCCCCGCAAAAAUCUCCUCGUCGAUGCCUUUGUCCUCGCCACAAAAGCUCCUCCCAAACCUGCUGCUGUUGGGCUUUCAUCAAUCUGACUGCGCUCGUCGAAUUACCGCUCCUCACAGGAAGAGGGCGCCAAUCUAGAAAAGCCUGUGAAUGAAAACUCUCCCUCUGUGGAAGGAAAAAAAAUCGUGAUGGUGCAAAAAUCAUGUGAAAACCGUUCUUUACUUAUUUACAGUAGCACUUACUGAAAAAAAAUAAAAUAAAAAGGUCUUCUUUCAGUCAUAGCAGCAAGAAAAGCUAGUGUAGCGAGCUGGAAAGGCAGCUAACACCUUCAAUCAUUAACUUUUUCAGUACGACCUCUACUGAAACCAGGACACUGCGUGUACAGCUUGUUGCCUUUAUAUAGAAAUGUUGUUUUUUUUUAACUGACAGUUUUUAAUCAGUGCAUUAAGCUAUCCAUUGGUGUUUCCGGAUAAGGUUUGUUCCGUGAUUGUGAUCGAUUCGUGGAAUGUCUGACAGAUUUGACCCAAAAUCAUAAGCUACGUCUGCUGGUCCCAAGUGCACUUGUGUCUAAAGGAAUCAUGGGAUUGCAACAAAGGAAGAAAAGCGUCGCCUGGACGACUUUUACCUACGAAAAAAAGUGACGUUUUGGUGCUUUGCACGAAGAGGCCGCACAUCUCACAGCCUGGACUGGACGGUCUCGGCUGCAGCCGGAGCAACACUGGUGCUUCUAGAAUAAGCUCAAAUGUGGAGCGCUCCUCCUGCAGCGUCUCUGGGUUUCCCUCAGUGGAAGAAUAAAAACAAGCCCGCUCUGUAAGGUGGAAGCAGACAGACGGGCAGACGUGUUGAUCCGUCUGAACUGGUGCUGUCUUUGUGUCUGAGCCUCCCCAGGCUGCUUCCACUGACCUACAUCCAGACCUGUACACCCUCAUCAUCGCCCACUUCUCCCUCUGUCUGCCUGUGUAUGUGAUCCGACAGACAACCUGCCUGUCUGUGCUCUAAUAAAAAAACACACUUUUUGGGGGGUUAUUACAAUUUUUUUUGGAUACAAGAAAUGCUAUUUUCCUAUUUGCAAAAAUAAAAUGCAAAAAAGACAAA